AUGAAACUGGCUCUUAUGAGGACCGCCACAGGACUGGAAGACCCAGAGUUACCUCUGCUGCAGAGGAUGAGACCUGUGUCCAUAGAUGAGAGACCUUUGCCCAUGGAUGAGAGACCUGUGUCCAUAGAUGAGAGACUUUUGCCCAUGGAUGAGAGACCUGUGUCCAUAGAUGAGAGACCUUUGUCCAUAGAUGAGAGACUUUUGCCCAUGGAUGAGAGACCUGUGUCCAUAGAUGAGAGACCUGUGUCCAUAGAUGAGAGACUUUUGCCCAUGGAUGAGAGACCUGUGUCCAUAGAUGAGACCUAUGAGAGACCUUUGCCCAUGGAUGAGAGACCUGUGUCCAUAGAUGAGAGACCUUUGCCCAUGGAUGAGAGACCUGUGUCCAUAGAUGAGAGACUUUUGCCCAUGGAUGAGAGACCUGUGUCCAUAGAUGAGACCUGUGUCCAUAGAUGA